GCGUACGGACGGUCGCUCUUCGGCGUGGAUUUCGUAUUCGUGAUUUGAAUCGUCAUUUCGCGUACCGAGAGAUUCGAAAAAUCGUAAAAAGCCUAAUUUCGUGAAAACCGCAGUGUUUUUUCGUGAGAAAAAAGCGUGACAAAAGUGUGUGGUGGAGUUGUGAGCUGUGACUUCGGUCGUAAGGUGUCAGCUGUUCGCCGGGUCUAUUAAGGACCACUGAUCAAGGAUGCUGCGAGAACCUCCGGGAGGUUGUCAGUGGCCAGCCACUCGCCUCGCCACGCUCGUAUUGUCUGCUUUGGCAGUGAUGAACGGAGCGAUGGCCGAGGACGAGUCCAUGGGACCGGUAUUUGUCAAGGAACCACCAAAUCGAGUUGACUUUUCCAAUGGAACCGGCGCUGAAGUUGAGUGUCAAGCUCGGGGAAAUCCCCAACCGGAUAUUAUUUGGGUCCGCGCUGAUGGCACUGCUGUUGGAGACGUUCCUGGACUGAGACAGGUGCUGCCAAAUGGAAAUUUGGCUUUCCCACCAUUCCGCGCUGAAGACUAUCGUCAAGAAGUUCAUGCCCAGGUUUACAGCUGUCUGGCAACGUCUCCAGCGGGCUCGGUCCACAGCCGCGAUGUCAACGUAAGAGCCGUUGUCGCACAGACUUAUCAGCCUGAGAUAAUGACCGAGUACGUCAUUAGGGGUAACAGCGCAAUAUUGAAGUGCAGCAUACCGAGUUACAUAGCCGAGUUCGUAACCGUAGAGGCCUGGAUAAGGGAAGACGGUGAAGUCUAUUUACCAGAGCAUCAGCGUCCCGGAAGCGGUGUAGGCCAGGAUGGCAAAUAUCUGGUACUUCCUUCCGGUGAACUUCACAUCAGAGACGUCGGACCCGAAGAUGGAUACAAGACCUAUCAGUGCCGCACGAAACAUCGUCUCACCGGAGAAACCCGAUUGUCUGCUACGAAGGGCCGACUUGUCAUCACCGAACCCGUGAAUGGGGCAGCGCCCCGAGUUCCACCCACUGCUAAAAUAACCGUUUUGUCGGUACUCACUCAAACUCCGGUAGCGCUGCUUUGCCAAGCACAGGCCAAUCCUCUGCCCAUAUUCAGAUGGUACAAAUUUAUUGACGGAACGUCGAGGAGGCAGCCGGUCCAGUUGAACGAGCGAGUGCGUCAAGUGAGUGGAACGCUCAUAAUCCGCGAAGCUCGAGUCGAAGAUUCCGGAAAAUAUUUGUGCAUCGUCAACAAUUCCGUCGGAGGUGAAAGCGUCGAGACCGUAUUGACAGUGACCGCCCCAUUGGCAGCUGAAAUCGAGCCGAGGACCCAAACCGUUGACUUCGGAAGACCUGCCACUUUCACCUGCAACGUUCAUGGCAACCCAAUCAAAACUGUCUCCUGGCUCAAGGAUGGAAAACCCCUCGGACUCGAAGAUCCCGUGCUUAGAAUCGAAAGCGUCAAGAAAGAGGAUAAAGGAAUGUAUCAAUGCUUCGUUAGAAAUGACCAAGAAAGCGCUCAAGCCACUGCCGAACUCAAACUCGGAGGACGAUUCGAGCCGCCCCAGAUCAAGCAGGCCUUCGCGGAAGAGACUCUCCAGCCGGGACCCAGUGUUUUCUUGAACUGUAUCGCCAGCGGAAAUCCCACCCCCGAAAUCACUUGGGAACUCGACGGAAAACGGCUCUCGAACACCGAGCGUCUUCAGGUUGGACAGUACGUCAAGGUCAACGGCGAUGUUGUUUCCCACCUUAAUAUUUCAAGCAUUCACACCAACGACGGAGGACUGUACAAGUGUAUCGCGGCCUCGAAGGUCGGAUCAGCCGAACACGCAGCACGUCUCAACGUCUACGGUCUGCCGUUUAUUCGUCACAUGGACAAGAAAGCCAUCGUCGCUGGCGAGACCUUGAGAGUGACCUGCCCCGUAGCCGGUUAUCCAAUCGAAAGUACCGUCUGGGAACGUGAUACUCGAGUUCUUCCGAUCAACAGAAAACAGAAAGUCUUCCCGAACGGUACCCUCAUCAUCGAGAACGUCGAACGACACAGUGAUCAAGCUACGUACACGUGCGUUGCUCGUAAUGCACAAGGAUACAGCGCCCGAGGAACUCUCGAAGUACAAGUCAUGGUUGCUCCCCAGAUAGCUCCAUUCGACAUGGGCGAGGCACCAGCGAAUUGGGGCGACACGGUGACCGCGACUUGCACUCUUAUCAAGGGUGACAAUCCAAUGACGAUCGAAUGGGCUUUGAACGGAGCACCGAUAAAUCGCGACUUUCCAGACAUAAACAUAGUGAAUACGGGGAAGCGCGUGAGCCUUUUGACCAUUGAAGCCGUCACGGCGCGUCAUGCCGGCGAGUACACCUGCACGGCGAGCAACGCCGCCGGUGCCACGAGCUCCUCGGCGCCCUUAGCGGUCAACGUGCCUCCACGCUGGAUUCUCGAGCCCACCGACAAAGCAUUUGCCCAAGGUUCGGAUGCUCGAGUGGAGUGUAAAGCCGACGGUUUCCCCAAGCCUCAGGUCACGUGGAAAAGAGCUGCUGGGGACACACCGGGCGAUUACACCGACUUGAAACUCAACAAUCCUGACAUAAGCGUCGAGGAUGGCACUCUCUCGAUAAACAACAUCCAGAAGACGAACGAGGGUUAUUAUCUGUGUGAAGCUGUCAACGGAAUCGGUUCCGGAUUGUCUGCAGUCAUUCUCAUCUCCGUUCAAGCACCACCGCAUUUCGAGAUUAAAUUACGUAACCAAACCGCUCGUCGUGGCGAACCGGCUGUACUGCAAUGCGAAGCGCAGGGCGAAAAACCCAUUGGAAUCCUGUGGAACAUGAACAACAAGCGAUUGGACCCGAAGAGCGAUUCCCGGUACACGAUCCGCGAAGAAAUCCUCGCUAAUGGUGUUCUGGCAGAUUUGAGCAUCAAACGAACCGAACGCAGCGAUUCUGCACUCUUUACUUGUGUCGCGACCAAUGCUUUUGGCAGUGACGAUACCAGCAUCAACAUGAUCGUUCAAGAGGUUCCGGAAGUUCCUUACGGUUUGAAAGUACUCGACAAAUCCGGACGUUCGGUUCAGCUUUCCUGGGCAGCACCUUACGAUGGCAACAGCCCGAUAAAACGAUACGUCAUUGAGUACAAGAUCAGCAAGGGUUCGUGGGAAACUGAUAUCGAUCGAGUCCUCGUGCCCGGGUCUCUGCAAAACGUCGCUGGAGUUUUUAAUCUUCGUCCUGCAACAACUUACCACUUACGUAUCGUGGCUGAAAACGAAAUUGGCACCUCCGAUCCAUCCGAUACCGUGACUAUUAUCACCGCUGAAGAGGCUCCUUCGGGUCCACCAAGCUCUGUUCGCGUCGAUGCUUUGGAUCAACAUACCCUUAAGGUCACAUGGAAGCCUCCCCCACGCGAAGACUGGAACGGCGAGAUUCUCGGCUACUACGUCGGCUACAGACUAUCCUCAUCCGAAAAGCCAUACAUGUUCGAAACCGUUGAAUUCUCGAAGGAAGAUGGAAAGGAACAUCAUCUCCAGAUUACGAACCUCAAGACAUACACACAGUACAGCGUCGUCGUUCAGGCUUUCAACAAAGUCGGUUCCGGACCCAUGAGCGAAGAACGAAGACAACACACCGCUGAAGGAGUCCCUGAACAACCACCGCACGACACAACUUGCACUACUUUGACCUCCCAAACUAUUCGAGUCUCUUGGGUUUCUCCGCCACUAACUGCUGCCAACGGUGUCAUAACUGGCUACAAAGUGAUUUAUGGACCCUCGGAAUCCUGGUACGACGAGAAUACGAAAGACACAAAAAUCACAUCAUCCAGUGAAACGAUAUUGCAUGGAUUGAAAAAAUACACGAACUACAGUAUGCAAGUUCUGGCAUUCACUUCCGGUGGCGAUGGAGUCAAGUCGGCACCGAUUCAUUGUCAAACGGAACAGGAUGCUCCGGAAGCCCCCAUCGCCGUCAAAGCACUCGUCACCUCUGCUGAAUCAAUUCUCAUCUCUUGGCGUCCACCGACCCAGCCAAAUGGCGUUAUUUCACAAUAUACCGUUUACACGAAAGCCGAUGGAACCGAAGAAGCAACGAGCGCUAAAGUACCGCCGAAUCAAUUGACUUACGAAGCUCUGGGACUCGACAAACAAAAGAGAUACGAUUUCUGGGUUACGGCAAGUACCAACAUCGGGGAAGGUGAACCCUCGAAGAUUGUCGCAUCUGCUCCCAAUAUUCGAGUUCCCGCCAAGAUUGCAUCGUUCGACGACAAAUUCACUGCCACGUACAAAGAGGACGUAAAGCUGCCUUGUUUAGCGGUCGGAGUCCCAGCACCGGAAGUAGUAUGGAAAUUCCGCGAUGUGAAGCUUCAGUUGAAUGACAGACUGAGACAAUUAUCGGAAGGUUCCCUCUUUAUCAAAGAAGUCGAUCGCGCUGAUGCCGGAGAAUAUUCUUGCUACGUUGAAAAUUCAUUUGGUCAUGAUACAGUAACUCACCAGCUCGUUGUUCACGCUCCUCCGCAUUCACCCCAAGUAACGCUCACUGCAACGACGACGAAUUCGUUGACGAUGAAAUUGAGGCCUCACUCUACCGAUACCGCGCCCAUCCACGGAUACACCAUUCAUUACAAACCCGAAUUUGGAGACUGGGAAACAAUGCAAAUCAAUUCUACCACCCAAAAGUAUACUCUUGAGAAUUUAUGGUGUGGCUCCAGAUAUCAAAUUUACGUCACUGCUUACAAUGGAAUUGGAACCGGCGACCCAUCGGACAUCUUGAACACACGAACCAAAGGCUCCAAGCCAAUAAUCCCGGAAGCGGCAAGAUUCAUCGAAGUGUCAACGGAGAGCAUUACCCUGCAUUUGAGCGCAUGGGCCGAUGGAGGUUGCCCGAUGCUGUACUUUGUUGUCGAAAAUAAGAAAAAGCAUCAACAGGAAUGGAACCAAGUUUCAAACAACGUGAAGCCAACUGGUAAUUUCGUCGUGAUGGAUUUGGACCCUGCGACUUGGUACCACCUCCGAGUGACUGCUCACAACAACGCCGGUUUCGCGGUCGCUGAAUACGAAUUUGCAACUCUUACCGUAACAGGGGGCACAAUCGCACCGCCCGUUCGUAACGGCGGACAGGACAACACCGACGUCAGACGUUAUUUCCCAUGGUUACCGAACUGGCUCGACGUAAACGUUGUUGUACCGGUCGGUGCUACGGUCGUCGUUAUUAUCGUUGGCAUUGUCGUCAUUUGUGUUGCACUCUCAAGACGCACUCGAGGCCCGGAACAGACCCGGCUCCGAGGUAUCUCAUCAGCCGACGAGAAAUAUUACGAGGGACAAUAUGACGUAGUGUAUCAACAAACUGGAGUCGGUGGUGCAACAUUGGACAAACGUCGACCGGAUCUUCGUGACGAAUUGGGUUACAUUGCACCCCCAAAUAGGAAGCUUCCACCGGUACCAGGCUCGAACUACAACACUUGUGAUCGUAUCAAGCGAGGUACAGUUAUAAGUGGAACAGGCUCGUUUAGGAGUCACUCGACGUGGGACCCACGGAGGCACAUGUACGAGGAAUUGUCACACUGUGCGCCAAACAGAAGAUGUCCGCCUCCCCCACGUAUGGGCAGUACUGAUGCGCUGUCUCACAGAGGCAUGGAGGAUGAGAUCUGCCCGUACGCGACAUUCCACCUUCUUGGUUUCCGCGAAGAAAUGGACCCGAGCAAAGCAAUGCAGUUCCAAACGUUCCCCCAUCCUGGUAACGGCCACUCAGGCACGAUGGGACCACCGGCUGGUCACCCAACCAACGCCUCGGCCCACAGUCGUUCCGGAUCUCAAUCAAUGCCACGACAAAACGGCCGAUACUCGCGAGUCCCCUCACAGGGUGGCAACCAGAACGUUUUCUCACCGGAAUACGACGACCCAGCAAAUUGUGCACCGGAGGAGGAUCAGUAUGGAUCGCAGUACGGUCAGUACGGAGCUCCUUACGAUCAUUACGGAUCUCGUGGCUCGGUUGGUCGUCGCAGCGUAGGAUCAGCCCGCAAUCUCCCGAUGUCCGGAUCCCCUGAGCCUCCACCACCUCCGCCAAGGAAUCACGACCAGAACAACUCGAGUUUCAACGACAGCAAAGAGAGCAAUGAGAUCAGCGAGGCCGAGUGCGACCGCGAUCAACUCCAGAUGAACCGCAACUAUGGUGUUAAUGCUCGCAGCAAGGACGGCAUGACCACCGAGGAGAUGCGCAAGCUCAUUGAGAGGAAGCCAAACGAAGCAACAGGGCGGCAAACCAGCUCCCCCCACAGCAAUCACGGGGGACUCCUCACACCCUACGAUACUGUGGCAGUGUAAUCUGUAAAUCGGUCAUCAAGAUGAACGCCGUUCGCCUCAAGGUCAUCCCAGGACUAUCGGCCUUUCUCGGGUUGGGCGAAAUUCACAAGAAACUUGAAAAAUCGUGUCAGCAAGGAACAAAUGAUAGGAAAACGAAACAGAAGAUCUGCAAAAGAGUCAAAAGUACCCGAGAAAGAAAAAAAAUAACAGGAAAGAAGUAGAAGGAAACGGGAAAGGUCGUACUACUCAACUAAAUCUAAGCAACAAAACAAAAUCCCAAAUCCUUUCUCCUUCAUUAUUCCCUUUCGUCCAGUGCUCAUGGCGUUGGCCCAAUUGCAACGAUUCGACAUUUUCAUUACUAAUCUACAUUUUCGUCAUAGAUAGUUAUUCGAUUAUUAUGUAAAAUGUUCGUUUUUUUAUGAAUUUACGAACUAUGCUUGAAACUAGAUCGAUACUCGAAUACUCCGAUUCAUAAUUCAUUCGAUUUUAUGGAUUUAAGCUCAUUGAAAAUCGUCUUCUGUACAAAUUCGAUUUCCCAUUAUCGGGGUUUACAUAUUUUUGGGAAACAUUGCAUUUGCUCAUCAACCGAAUAACGAAUUUUUAUCCAUUUUUCGGAACGCGUUCUUAAACGAAAACUCAGAAAAAUGCUUCUGUUCAAUCGUUGGGAAAUUGAGAAAAAUUCUUUCGGAAUCGUCGCUCCGAAAAAUCCUUACGGACCGAUUUAAAAAAGUUACUUGAAAUAAGACAUUGAUUCUAUUAUCCUCAGCGAUGGGACUUCGUCAGAGUGAACAAACGUUUCGAGGCAUAUUUUGAAGCGGAGGAGACCGAAAUCCUUCGAUCAAAUUUGAUUGAUUCGAUUAAUCAUGCUUAAUCAAUUGCGUUGAGAAUAUCGAAAAAUUCCUUUUCUCCUUGAAAAAGUUAUUUCCUUUUUUACAAAUUAAACCGUUAAAUUGUUGCUGUGGAUGAUGUUCCACUUAGAAAUGUUUGUUUACUCUUCGGAUUUACCGAUCGUUGAAAGGGUAGAAAAAAAAGACUCAAAUUUCUCAAUUUCUCAAUCGAAUUCAGAUAAUUCGUGAACGAGUUUCCUUUUUUGUCAAAAAAUCGAAAGUGACGAUUCGAAAUAAUAGUAAGACGAGCAUGAAAAUUAUUUUGGAAACUGUUUAGGUUUUUUCUUCAAUUUACUGAAGUUAGAUUAAGAUUAUCAUCAGCAUAUGAUAAAAAAAUGAUGAAACGAGUUGUAAAUCGGGUGAAUUAGUUGCUCGUUUAUUGAGUCAUGGUUGUGCCACCCUGUCGAAAAGUUCCAUCGUCGAAGAAAACUCGUGAUUUUGAUGUUUUUUUAAUGAAUUCACACAUUUAAUUCUCGUAACGAAGGUUGUGCUGCCCGAAAAGUUGAUUUUGUAGUUGGAAGAGUGAAGAAGAAAAUUAGGGGCUGAAGGGAGAUCGAAUUCAGGCGAAACGACUUGGAAGGGAGGAAUAAAUAAAAAUAAGUCAAAAUUCAUUCGAAGCGCAGUAUCAUUAACGGGGCAAUAGGAAAACAAAAAAAAUUCAGAUAAAAAGUGAAAUUUACGCUGUUGCGUUGAAAAUCGAAAAGCUGCCAACCUGGAAAAAAACUAUUUCCAGAUCGUAAUUUUUAAAUCGAGCGAAAAAUAGAGGUUUUAAUAGGCGUUUUCGAACCGGUUGACUUUGUACUCCAGAAUUACACGUUCAGCCGGAAUUAAACUUAAAAAGUAAAUUAUCAAAUAUCGAAUACACGUGAAUGCACACGCAACAAAUACUUUGGAACAAAUUUAUCUUUCGCAUACGAUUACAAUCGUUCGUAACAAUAAUUUAUUAACAAAAUAUUAAAAUACUGGCGAUAUGAAAAAAAGGGGGAGGAAAAAACCGGAUUACAAUAUUCCGUAAUCAUACAAACAGUAAAAAGUGCGCCGCGAAAUUGUAUACUUGUGUUUAAGGGUCAAAGUUACCCUCGGUUCGAGCAGCGAAAGGGCACGAUUACUAAACCGCGAAAUAAUUAUAAAUGAUUGUCAUAAAAUCGUGCUAAUUUCACUAGUGAUAACGAUGAUUCCGAGUUAUUUUUCAUUUUGCACAAAAAUCGAAGGUUAUAUUAUUCAACAAAAUAAUUGCGGGUAAUUAUUUCGUUGCGAAAUAAUUGUUAAACAAAUUAUUAUUUUCAUCAGCUCAUACGCGGAUUUGAGUAGUGUCGGAGAUUGAUAUUAUUCGUGAAUGAACGUAGCUAGUUAAUCGUCCUAUUUAAUAAUUGCUAUUGAAUUCAUAUCCUCGCACAGGCUCAAUGAAGAUCAGAAAACAAAAAUUAAGUAAAAUGAAUGGAAGUCUCCCUCAACGAGAUUGAACGCAUUUACUUUUUCAAUUUAACCAUUUUUACGUUUGCCAAUACGUUUUUUCUCAUAAAUUUUAGCAUCGCCAUUUUGGUCUCCAUUAUUAUUAUUUUUAUUGAUAGAAUCAUUAGAUUAUCGUCAGUUUUGUUAUUAUUUCGACUACUAAUUUAAUGUUUAUUAAGUCGUCGAUUUAGAUCGAGGGAGGGUUGAAAAGAAAAAAAAAGUGGUCGUACCAUCGAUUGGUAACGCGUAAUUGUCGAGGUUUAGAAUUAGGUAAGAGUGAAAGAGAGAGAGACGAGGGUGUGAUGAAUCGAAUUUCGUUUCGAUACGAAGAGGAAAAAACUUGGAAUUAUAAUUUCGUCAUUUUGUUUUCGUUUUCGUAUACUUCAAUGUUCGAACUUCGUGCUCUGUGAUUAAUGUGUGUAAGUCUAUGUCAUAAUAAUCGAGAAGAAAAAUAGAAGAAAAGAAAAAAACAAAAAUAGUUACGGGGUUGGAGAUUCGAGAGUGAAUCCAAACGACCAAGUAUACGAGAUUCGAAUGCUGCUACGAGAGGCAAGGAUAGUCGAAUCCAAUUGGCGAAACUCCCUGAAUAGAACGGAGAGGAGAAAAAAACGAAGAACUGUCCCUCGUCUCGCACACAGCCAUCCCCCGUGCGCACUUUACUCGUAAUUUUGUGAUUUAUCUGAAAUAAUGAAGAAUCUAGCAACCGAUUAUUUAUAGCCACAGAGCGAAACACACACACACAAGAAACAAACAGGAAAAAUAAUAAUACUAUACCGUAUACAUAUAAAUAUAUUUACGUAUGAAUAUAUAUACGGAAAUCUGGAAAAGUCGUGUUGAAAAUGGCGAGGAUAGUUAGAUUACGUGAUCCCGAAGAGGAAAGUCCUCAGCCAUUUUUCUCUACGAGCAACCGUUUGCGAAAUAUUCACGAAUUCGUCAGAGUCGAUCUCGCGCCAAUGGGACGUGGCGUCAUUUGGGCGUGUCGCGAGCGCUCCGCCCACAGACGCCACUAUCAGCCGCGCCUCCGAUUGGCCGGUACUCUCCUCAUACGCUAUCUUCCGAACGGUGCAUCCUAGAGAAAAAUGGAAAAGGACUUUUCGUCUCAGAAUCCGAAGUUCUCUCAAGCCCGUGAACCUCGAGCUCGUCUUUCGAGAAAUUCUGUACAUCUAUACAUAUAUUAAGCGCUGCUAAUUUCUCUCGUGUCUCGUGUAAUGUUUUUCAUAAGAUCGUGCAGCCCAGAAAUGAAAAAAAAAACACACACACACACAAAAUAUCUAGCUAUGCCCUCCUAAUAUAUAAUAUUAAAUAUUGUAAUGACGAGUAAUGAUAAUUAAUAACGACUAGAAAUAUUAUCUAAAACAGCUACACUGCUACUACUACUAUAACUACUACUAUUACUUGUACGAAUAAACGUAAAUAAUAUUGUAUUAAUUAGUAAUUAUAAUAGUCAUUUACGACUCAAUAUCACGUGAUGCUUGGAAAGCUUUUCACUCUCGUUGUUAUGUUCGAUUUCUCCGUUCAAUAUUAAUAUCGUGAUGACCAUUGAUCGUCCAGCAGGAUUCUUCGAUCUUGCGCCUGGACGUGUUCGAGUUUUGACCUCAAAACAAAACACAAUUGUUCGAAAUUUGUUUGGUUCGUGUUACUCUUCGUUCUUUCGGUAUGAAUUCAUUCGAAAUUCACUGAUUAUACGUCAUUCGAUUAGCUUUUUUUUUUGUUUCUGUUAAAAACAGAGCAAAAUAUUGAAUC